AACACACAACUUCCGCCAGUAAGAAACGGUGCUUUCCGCUCCUCCAAGGGAGCGGAAAGCGCCCGGGCUGCGCAUCGAGACCACCGCACCGCCGCAUUCUCAGUGUUCCGCGGCGCACGAGCAGCCGCACUCCGCGGUCCUUCCCCUCUUCCCCCCAGUUUCCGUCUCGCUCCCAGUUUCCUCCCCGUCCUCGCGCCCCCCUCAUCACUCUGUGAAGAAAGUCUUUCCUCAACAGCCCAGAUUUCGCACGCGCCUGUGUCAGAAAGGCUUUCUCCCGCCCCCUCCUCUCCGUUGUAACCCAAUCCGAUGUUUCUGCCUAGAUCGUGCCGUCGCCGUGUCGCUCUCUCCCCGUUCCAACAGCAGCAGAAAUAGUGCUGCUCAGCAAUGUUGGCUUUGGGUGCUGUGGUAACCCGAAUGUCAUCGACAGCCGCCUUUCCGUUGCCCAUUCACGGAGCCCGCGACAGCAGUUCACGCAUAGCGAAAGAGCAGCAUCGCAGUUGUCGCUGCCGCUUUCACCCUCUCCCCUCGCCGCCGCGGCGUUUCCCUUUCCGACCCCGUGCCCCCCUUUCCCCGCGCCUUUCCUUGCGCCCUUACUACUCCCUCAUCCAACGGCCCUCCACAUGUCCCCUCCUCUUCCUGCUAUCAUUGCUGCUGGUUCUGGCCAGUAACGUCAUGUGGCGCCUAGGCAGUGGCGCGCCACUCGGACCAGCUGAACGUGAGAGCGGUCCUAACCACUUUUUUGCCGUCCCUCCCUCGGCAGUGAUACCCGCUCCUACCAGGACCCCUGCCAGUGGUCCUCACCGUUGCCGUCCCGCCUCUCCAAACCCAGGGCUCAUACCACCCCUUCGGCCUAUUUGUGUCACUCUAGCCGCCGCGUCUUGUGCAGCGUUCCGUGGCCAAACAGGAAGUGCGCAGCUCGCACGAACUAGCAUGUCACACAGAGUCCCUUAACCUCUCUCCACCGCCUGUGUCUCAACAAUCCCUCUUCUCUCCCCCCUCCUGUCACCCCCUCCGUCUCCCACCCCCUAAACCCCGCACUCUCCCCCCCACCCCCCUCCUCCCUUUCCCUCCCCUCUUUUUCUCCUGUGCACUGACCAGGGAAUGCGCUGCUGGAGAUUUCCAAGGCGAGGAGCGCGUGGGGGGGUUACACGGAGGAGGAGCUGCAGGCGGACUGCGUUGAUAUCGCCUAUAUUGAGUGCGACGACACGGGCGCUGUCACCGCCAUCACCCUGACGAGCUACGACGUCAUUCCCGAUGCCAUUCAGGCGCUCUCCCGCCUGCAGUACCUGAACUGGGCGCAUAGCAGUGCCACGCAAGUGCCAACUGUCAUUGGCACACUGACCUCGCUCACAAAGAUUGACAUGCUUCGCAGCCUUGCCUCUGGCUCCCUGCCCUCCUCCUUCUCAGUGCUCUCCAACCUCAAGCAACUGUACAUUGAGGACGGCCUCUCUGGAUCGCUUCCUGCAGCGGUGGGGAGGAUGACGAGCCUAGAGAGCCUGCAAAUCAACGGGUGCCCUCUCGGCGGCUCUCUGCCAUCCGAAAUGAAGUUCCUCGCCAAACUGCUCACACUGGAAAUCACUUCCUCCAACAUCACAGGGUCGCUGGACCCCAUUCAGCCCCUCACGCAGCUGCAGAGAAUUCAGAUAAGGCGCGGCCGUCUCUUGGGCUCCAUCCCCUCGGGCUUCUCUCGCUUCAGCAACCUCAACCAGCUGGUGUUGGACGACAAUGCUCUCUCGGGGACCGUCCCUGGCAAGUGGGCAGGCCUCACCAGCCUGAGCAUACUAGUGCUGGCGAGCAACUCUCUGUCAGGAAAGCUGCCCGUGGGGCUGGGUGCACUCAGAAACCUCAUGUUGCUGGACCUCUCCUACAACAGCAUCACAGGGCCCAUCCCCAAAGCCUUCUCCGGCCUCAAGUCACUCAUGGAGCUGUCCCUCCACAACAACCACCUGACAGGGCCGUUGCCAAAUCUAGCAGCUGCGACCACUCUAAACAGCCUAUAUGUGGGGUCCAACUUUAUCGCUGCGGCUCUGGAGGGUCUGAGACUCCCUAAGGGCAUCGUGCUUCUGAGUCUUGAAUGCAACCAGCUCUAUGGCAGCCUUCCUGCGUCCUUCUCCCUCUUAAGCAACCUCCAAAUCAUCAUGGCCAGCAGCAACAACCUCUCUGGCUCUCUUCCCACCUUCUUCUCAACCCUCCCCAACUUCCAACUCCUUGACAUAUCGAACAACAGCAUCACAGGAGGAGUGCCUUACGGGCUUUUCGCAUCGCUUAAGUGGUUCUCUUUGCUAGCGGCCAAUAACGCAAUGGCAGGUGUCCUGCCGGCACUCGGCCACAUCGAGAAAUUCAGCUCCCCGCGUGUUGGCAGCACCCUCACCUGCCCUCCCAACGGCACUCUCUGCCCCAAGCUGGUUUCACCACGCAAUGCUUUCUGCAAGUCACUCUGCCCUGACUUCUGCAACUCCUGCGUGCAAUAUGGCUCAGGCACCAGCAUACCCAUGCCUCCUUCCCAGUCCACGUGGCAGGACCCUCCUCCAGCACCAGCAGCGGACCCCUUUGGCUAUGCCCCCGGCCGCUCAGCCCCCGUGUCGCCAUGGCAGGGCCUGGCAUUCCGCCCACUCUCCCUCGCGUGGAGUGCGGAGGAGCAGGGGGGGGAGAGGGGGCAGUGGGGUGUGCAGGAGGGGGUGGACUGGCGCAGUGCAGCCGCCAAGGGAGGGGGGACAGUCAGCAUAGCGCAGCAGCAGACACAGUCACAGGGCGAAUGCGGCAUAUCGUGGGCAUAUGCGGCAGUGGCAGCAGUGGAGAGCGCAGUGGCGCUGGCGUCCAUGCCAUACCUGCCGGGCGCCAGCAAGCGCCUGCCGCUCGCCCUGCAGCCGGCCUUCCUGCGGCCAAACCUGAGCGAGCGCCACGUGGCGGCGUGCCGGGCCGCCCUGCCCUGCAUGCACUGGCAGCCGGACGCCGCCUUUGCCUUCAUGGCCGCUGCAGUCGCCACCGGCAAGGCCGUGCUCGCCAGGGGCGCCUUCCAGCUUGGCGCCACUCCCUGCUCCAUGCCACGGACAAGCGCCAACGCGUCCCUGCCGCAGCCCUUCAUCCGAGGCAUGGGGUUUGAGCGCGCACCUGAGGGUCUGCCGCGGUGGCUCUCUCUGUUGCUCGUUCUGCAGCAGCAGCCCGCCGUGGUCAACCUCAGGGCCAACCACCCCUCCUUCCGACUCUACACCACUGGAGUGUAUUCGGACCCGGGGUGUGCAUUGAGCGGGUUGCCGGACCACUCGGUGGCGGUGGUGGGAUACAGCCUGGCGAGUGAGAGCCUGGCAGGGGACAUGCCGCACUGGAUCGUGCGCAACUCAUGGGGGGACGUAUGGGGCGAGCAGGGCCACAUGCGCAUCGCCAUGGCUGGCGGGGAUGGCAUCUGCAACAUGCAUGCCACGCCGGCCUCCUACCCCACCAUUGCCACCUUGACUCCUUGCCUGAACACCAUCAACCCGUGUGGGGGCGGGCAGUGUGUGGCAGGUCGCAAGCCAGGCACGGCCACGUGUGUCUGCCCGCCGGGCUUCAGAGCGGUCAUCAACGGCGAUGGCACACAGACUUGCGCCCCAGCCGACCCGUGUAGCUUCUAUGUGUUCAACCCAUGUGGGUUUGGAUCGUGUGUGAGUGGUGGCAGUGGCGGGUACACGUGUGUGUGUUUCAGAGGCUUCCAGCCGGGCCGGCGAGCAGCUGACGACUCAACCAUUUGCGUGCCGGACAGCUCUUCCCUAGAGGGCAUCGUGCAUGUGGUGGCAGGAGACACCUCGUGUGCCGCCAUUCAGACUGCUUUCAGUGUGCCUCGCGCCACGCUGCUCCUCCAGAACCCAAAGCUCCCUCACCGCUUCCACCACCACGCCCACUCCUGCCGCUGCGAGUCUGAGCUACUGCCGCGGAGGAGGAGGGCUGGUGAAAGAGCUCGGCCUCGAUCAGCCGCAUGUAGGCGAGCUUGUGGGCAUCAAUGGCGGGCGAGAUUCUUGAGGAGUUGGCAGCAGAGGUGCAUCGAGGUGUGCAGCAGAGUGGUGAAGAAGGGCACUCGGGUGAAUGUCACUCAGUCUUCCAGCAGUGGGGAGUGCUCCUCCUGGUACUGCACUGCUCAGGGCGAGAGCUGCUCAUCUCUGCAGGCCGCGCUGUCGCUGGACGCCUCCUCCCUGGCUCUCUUCAACCCGGGCCUCGACUGCUCCUCGCCCCUCCCUUUACCCCCCGCCACUACCGUGUGUGCAUCCACGGGUGGCAGUGCCCCCACAGCCUACCCUCUCUGCACGCGCUGGGUGCUCUCUGCUCCAGAUGACACCUGCGCCUCUCUCGCCGCCCGCCUCGCCCUCUCUCUGCCGCUGCUGCUCGCCCUCAACCCAGGCCUCCUCUGCUCCAACCUCCCUGUCCGCACGCCCGCCACCCUGCCCUCCUUCGGGGAACAGGUGUGCGUCAGCCAAGCCCCACCAAGCCUCGCCUGCGCCGAGCCCAACUACCGGUUCGAGGUGGUGGCUGGGGACACGUGCACGGCUCUGAUUGCGCGGCGGUUUGGGUGCGUGGAGGCCCUGCAGAACCUCAACGCGGGGCUCGCCUGCUCUGACCGCCUGCUGCAUGUGGGGCUCACCCUCUGCGCCCCGCCAAUGCCCUUAGAGGCCUGCCUCGCCCUCAAGGCUCUCGCAGCCUGACUGACCUUGACACCUUUUUGUUCAUGGGAAAAGCAAUGGGUCUCUCUGCUGUCCCUACUGGCACUAUGUUGGAAAUAUCUCAAGGACUUAAGCGUUUCUGAAGUGUAACACUGUACUCGAGGAAGAUUACAGGGGAGCACGCGAGUCAACGGAGGUUACACGAGGGGGCGGACAAAGAAUGCGAAAGGACUCGAAAGGACUUAAGCGUUUCUGAAGUGUAACACUGUACUCGAGGAAGAUUACAGGGGAGCACGCGAGUCAACGGAGGUUACACGAGGGGGCGGACAAAGAAUGCGAAAGGACUCGAAAGGUCGCAACUGGAGGUUGCGACUGACCGUUACAACAUC